GUGCUUGCCGGUCGGGUUUCUGGCUUUUCAAAGAUGGUUUGGUCUGGGAUCUUUCCUUGGUUUGGCUUGGAUAUCGGAGGGACCUUGGUCAAACUUGUUUAUUUUGAACCAAAGGACAUCACCGCUGAAGAGGAGGAGGAAGAAGUGGAAAAUCUCAAAAGCAUCCGCAAAUACCUGACAUCAAAUGUAGCCUACGGAUCUACAGGCAUUCGGGAUGUGCACCUUGAACUAAAGGACCUUACCCUGUGUGGACGUAAAGGCAAUCUGCACUUUAUACGCUUUCCUACUCAUGACAUGCCUGCUUUUAUUCAAAUGGGAAGCGAAAAACACUUCUCGAGCCUCCAUACUACCUUAUGUGCCACGGGAGGUGGAGCGUACAAAUUUGAGCAGGACUUUCGCACAAUGGGUGACCUUCAGCUCUGUAAGCUAGAUGAACUCGAUUGCCUUAUUAAAGGAGUUUUGUACAUUGAUUCAGUUGGAUUCAACGGACGUUCGGAGUGCUACUAUUUUGAAAACCCGACGGAUGCUGAAAGAUGUCAGAAGCUCCCGUUCAACCUGGAGAAUCCGUACCCUCUCCUUUUGGUGAACAUUGGCUCAGGGGUCAGCAUUUUGGCUGUGUAUUCAAAAGAAAACUAUAAACGGGUAACGGGCACCAGCCUUGGAGGGGGAACCUUUUUUGGUCUCUGCUGCCUUCUUACCGGUUGCUCCACCUUUGAAGAGGCCCUAGAGAUGGCGUCCCACGGAGACAGUACCAAAGUGGACAAACUAGUGCGGGACAUUUACGGAGGAGACUACGAGCGAUUCGGAUUGCCGGGCUGGGCUGUAGCGUCCAGCUUUGGAAACAUGAUGAGCAAGGAGAAGCGGGAAUCGGUCAGCAAAGAGGACCUCGCGAAGGCUACUUUAAUAACCAUCACGAAUAACAUCGGCUCCAUAGCACGGAUGUGUGCGCUCAAUGAGAACAUUAAUCGGGUGGUGUUCAUUGGCAAUUUCCUUCGGAUCAAUACCAUUUCAAUGAGGCUUCUGGCAUAUGCUUUGGACUACUGGUCGAAGGGACAGUUAAAAGCACUUUUCUUGGAACAUGAGGGUUAUUUUGGCGCAGUCGGCGCUCUUCUGGAACUCCUGGAUUCAGCCUGACUGGGUGCGGGCUCUGCACGUUGGACCGAGGAGGUCGGGGCGCUUCCUGGGUCGCAAAGCCCGUGUUUCGCUUCAAAGCGUCCGUUCGCUGACCGUUACGCUAACUGCGCGUGACCUGAUGAGAAAAGGAGAGGGCUGCUGCGUUCCUGUCCGUAAACAGUUGAACCCAAUCUUCAGUUACAGCGCGGGUCUGUUCCGAAGGAGCGUGUGUGCAGACGCAAGCGCCGCCUUCCGUCGGCCUGUCUGGAGCAUCUGUAGGGCAUUUAGUCGCUGGCAUCAAAUAGCCCGUUUUACGCAGUCUCUACGUGUGUUUAAUGGUGGUGACGUAAUAGCAGACUCGCACUCCGCUCCCCCCCAUCAAGACUCCUCCGAGCGCCGAAUGUUUACCCCGCUCACAGUUUAUCGAGUUCAGCUGCAGCGUUUUGUGUUCCGCAAACGGAAGGCGUCGCGUUCCCGUUACGCGGUAAAUCAGUCUGUAAAGGGGAAAGGACGUCAGCGCGGCCCUGGCGCCCAAAAACCAUACGGACCGCUUCCGCCUCCUCCGAGCCG